CCGGCCGGUCUGAGUUAUCAGCACGGCUGUAACUUUCAGGUUAUUAUCAGCUUUUUUAUGUCACAGGACAGAGCUGCGGUUGCCAGUAGGACUCAGGUUUAUCUGUGCAAUGGUUAUUACAGUCUGAAGGAUUAACGCAGACGUUUAACCUCGCUGUGGUUCAUUUUUUCGGGCCCUCGACGGAGAGAAAACUUCACUGCGGCAGCACAGUGAGGUGUGAUUUUCAUUCUCAACAUUUCAUCAGAGUGAGAGGCUGACAAAGGGAAGGAGAACGGAGGAUUUUGUGUGUUGAAAAAAAGGUUAAGCAUCUCCCUGAAGAACUAUGGAACUGUCACUGGCUCACCCAGCUAUCAAAGCCUUCAUGUGUGGCUCCCUCAGUGGGACCUGCUCCACGCUGCUUUUCCAGCCUCUUGACCUGGUCAAGACCCGUCUGCAGACACUGCAGAGCGGCGUGCAGCCUGGCUCGGGCAGAGUGGGGAUGGUGAACGUGCUCCUGAGUGUGGUGCGGACUGAGAGGCUGCUGGGACUGUGGAAAGGAGUUUCACCGUCCUUUGUUCGGACCAUCCCAGGUGUGGGGAUCUACUUCAGCACCUACUAUUCGCUGAAGCAGCACUUCUUCCAGGACAGCAGCCCACGGGCCAUAGAGGCCGUGCUGCUGGGAGGUGGGGCCCGGACGGUGGCAGGGGUUUUCAUGCUGCCGGCCACUGUAAUCAAGACACGCUUUGAAUGUGGCAGGUACAGUUAUAGGAGCGUGGUCGGAGCUCUGCGUAGUGUGUGUCAGACUGAAGGUCCCGCAGCUCUGUUCUCUGGCCUGAUGGCCACUCUCCUCAGAGACGUUCCCUUCUCUGGCAUCUACGUCAUGUUCUACAGCCAGACCAAGGCCUCACUGCCAAAAGAAAUCAGCACAUCUCCUUCGGCCCCCCUGGCUAACUUCAGCUGUGGGAUCCUGGCGGGUGUGUUGGCCUCCCUGAUCACUCAGCCUGCCGAUGUGGUCAAGACACACGUCCAAGUGAAUCCACAGCUGAGGACGGUAGAGGCUAUCAGAUACAUCUAUAUGGAACAUGGCCUCCAGGGCUUCUUCAGAGGGGCAGUUCCUCGGUCACUGAGGAGGACCAUGAUGGCCGCCAUGGCAUGGACGGUGUAUGAGCAGAUGAUGGCCCACAUUGGACUGAAGUCCUGAAGGGAAAAGUUGAUAAGAAGCUCGUGAACCAAAGAAGAGAUCAAAGUCAAGUCAGUGAAUGAAGACAGUGAUGUGUGAAGAGGAAGGAACUGCUACAGUGGAGCUGCCCAUAAGAGGCUUUCGGUGACUUAAAAUAUUUCACUGUAACAAGAGCAAAGAGAGUGUACACUUGUCUAAAUGACUGACAAGCACAUUACAGAAGAGAUGUGGAGAGUUUUGCUGUAUGAAAUGUUUCACCAGGUUAUGGCUGAAGUUCAGGAAUCCAACUUCUGGCCUGUAAAUUUGGAGAAAACAGUUUAAAAUAAUACUGAUAUGCUGUGAUGUUCUGUGUUGCACUACAAGCUGUUCAAUGAUCUACAAUGUGAUCCUGAUGAGCAUUUUGGAGUCUGUCAUUAACUGAGACUUCCCCCGUUUUUGAAAUGCGGUGGGCAUUCCUGUGUCUGUUUUUUUCUUCACAGCUGUGGAACACAUGCUUGUGAUUUCAGAAAGACUGCAGUGAUCGAGACAGUGUCCCAGAUACAGCUCCGACUUCUGUAAUGCACUUUAACCUCUGCAGCUCUGUGAUGGCACAGUUUAAAACCAGGAGAAACUAUUUAAUUUAUUAGGAUUUUUUUUUGGUAAAAUAAAAUAUGUGAUAUAUUUGCUCAGAACAUUCAGCUGCCUUAAAAUGUAAAGAUUUUUGUUUUGAUAUUUGUUUGAAGUGUAUGUUAUUGCUAACUUACUUACCAUUGUUAAAGUAUUUGACCUUUUUGUGAAUGUUUAAUAAAAUAAGAUGAUGUACA